UGACCUGAAACAACCAUGAACCUGUUACGUGUUGGCAGAGGUGGGGACCCAAAUGUUGGAUCAGAUAAAAUGAGACGUUUAGCCAUCCUUUUAUCCAUCAUCUCUGUGGCAUGGACAGGCAAUCCUCAGGGAACCCUCGGGAAGACCUUGAUUUUCCCCGUAGAGACAGAUACCAGUUAUGCGGAGCUGACCCCUCGGAAACCAAUGAACCUACUCGCGUUCACUCUGUGCAUGCGUGUGGCCACAGAGCUCCCCGAAAAUCGAGAGAUCAGCUUGUUUACAUAUCGUACUCAAGAUCAUGAUGAGCUGAAUUUGUGGCAGGAAAGUGACGGCAGAUUGUCUCUCUACCUCAGGAGUUCUAAAGACGGUGUUUUCUUCCGAGUCCCUGUUCUGGGUGCCCUGCAGACCCACCUGUGUGUCACCUGGGAAUCCAUUUCAGGCGCAACGGCACUCUUCAUGGACGGCAGGAAAAGUCUGACCAAAAUCUACAGGAAGAACCACCAGGUGGCUGGUGGAGGCCGAGUUAUCCUCGGGCAGGAUGCAGACAGCUUCCUUGGAAAGUUUGACUCAAGUCAGAGUUUUGUUGGGGCGAUCACUGAUGUCAAUAUGUGGGAUUCUGUUCUGUCAGACAGCACAAUCAAAGAUGUCUCCUCUGGGAUUAUUUCCCAAACAGGAAGCAUCUUUGACUGGGACACAGAAAGCCCUACAGUCAACGGGAAUGUCAAGAUUGUCCAGUUUCAGCAGUAGCUGGAAGGUUCUCAGUCAAUGGAAGAUCUCCAUCCUGCUGUAUGACCUACAUGAAGUUUAGGAGUGAUCAAUGAUCCCACAGCAGCAAUCAAAACUGAAAAUAUCAAAUAUCAAUGCACUUUCCAUCUGUAAGAUGUCCGUAACCCUUAAGUCCUGUUAAAAGAAAGUUGUGUUGUGACUGAUAUGUAAUUUGAAAUUUAAACCUCAAUAAAAUGAUGACGUUUAA